AUGUCUCUCUCUCAUAUCACGACAGCCUUCAUUUCAGCCUCGACCUCGCACAACCGCCUGUCGUACACACCCAGAGCUAGCCAGAGCGGCGGUGGACAAUUGGUGACCGGAGCUGUCUGCUCUCGCGUAUUCGGAGAACGGCGAGAAUACGCUACUUGGCAAUGGAACUGCAUCCCCUUGGCCGAAUGCAUUGCCAAUCCUACAAGGAAUACUACAGUAACACGCCACGAAGCACCACCGGGGUGGCGACCCGAGAACGCCGGUCCCUUUUACGAUUUCAAUGUGCAAUGUGCCUACAUGGAAGAGGGUUGCAUCGGCCAGGCACUGGGUGAAGUUCCUUGGGAUCCUCCCCGAAAGCGCAAUGCAAUGCAAAUAAAUCCUAGAGCAGUUGGACAGACGCCAAAUGCAAGCGAGGGGCGUUGGGCCUCAUCCUGCAUCGCCAAGAAGUGGGAGAAGCUGGAGAAGGGCCGAACAGCCGUUCGAUGCUCUGCCAGCCUCGUCCACAUGUUCAUCUUGACAUCUCGGCUGGCGCUGAGCGGCGAAAUGGCGAAAUAG